GUGUCUGCCCAAGUCCCUCUCGUCCUGGUCCUCUCUGCCUGUCCAGAUACCGUCUUAUUACCCUUUGCUCGAGAGGGAGAGCAGAAGGAAAAUAACCACCGGAGAAGAAAAUUCUCAGCAUGGAAAAACCAUGCCAAGCGAAGGAAGAACUGGCGCCGAGCGUGCCGCUGCCCGAAGUGGAGGAGCCUCCUGUGGAGCCCCCUCCCGAGAGGACGGGUCUCGAAGAGGAGCAGUCUUCUGAGGAGCAGUCCUCUGAGGAGGAGUUCUUCCCCGAGGAGCUGCUGCCCGAGCUGCUGCCCGAGCUGCUGCUGUGUGCUGAGCGUCCUCGGCAAGAGCGCCUUUCUGCCAAGGACCUGUUGGAGGAGCGCCCUCCCAUGGAGCAGCCUCCCUGUGGAGUGGGCAAACACAAGCUCGAAGAAGGAAGUUUCAAAGAAAGGCUGGCUCGUUCUCGCCCACAGUUUAGAGGGGACAUACACGGCCGAAAUCUAAGCAACGAGGAGAUGAUCCAAGCGGCCGACGACAUGGAAGAGAUGAAAAGAGUGAGGAACAAAUUGAUGAUCAUGCAUUGGAAGGCGAAACGCAGCCGCCCCUACCCCAUUUAAUGUGUUCUACCUACGAUUAAUGCCUGAGAGAACAGUGUUGCCCCCAUACCCCACCUCACCUCCCCUGCCAA